CCGGUCGCGGCGAUUUAAACAACAACCAGGUCGCGAUUCAGAGCAAACAUUUUCGAAAAAAAACCUCCCAACUCCAAAGCUCUUCGCCGGCCACCACCCCAAACCACCCAAAACCGCCACCCCCAAGCUAAAAUUGUUCCAAAAGCUUCAUUUUUGCAUCAAGCAUCAUCACAAAAAAGCUUCUUCAUCACUCUUUGAACAUCAAUCCAAGGUUCCAUGGCUCCUAAACGACGAAAUGAUGCUACUUCUUCCUCUUCAUCCGUACCACGUUUCACCUCCCCGGAGAAUGAGGCUUGGUACGAACAAAGAAAGAAGUGGAAGAUAGUGGUUGAGAAGACUGUGCAUCCUGAGAUCGACGCUCUGUAUCGACUCUCCAACGCUUUUGACAAAUUGGGAUGGGCCGUCAUGCUUACUUUGACUGGGGCAUACUACCCGACGCUUGUACGGGAGUUCUAUGCCAAUAUUGAGAGGAAAAUGGACCCGUUUGGGGAUAUUGUGAGCACUGUUAAAGGCACAAAAAUCACUAUUAGCAAACAAAGAUUGUGCAACUUGCUUCAUAUCCCAAACGUCGGUCGUCCAGUUGAAAUGAACUCUGUAGUGGUAAUCACCGACCCCGCUUACAAUGAGGUAGAUGUCAUGAACGAAUAUGGAUUCGGUGCAGAUCUUGGGGCUCGUGUUCUUGAAGCAAAAGAGAGACUUAUCGCAUACCUUCUUAGCUUCAACAUCUUGCCAAGAGCUAGUGACACGCAUGUACUUCGGCGGAUGGACCUCUACCUAAUGUAUAAAAUGAUCAACGGACUUGGGCAAAUCGAGGGUAUUCCUUUGGCUCCUUUAAUCAUGACGGAAAUGAGGGGCGUCGUCAAAACAAAAAGAGGUGACAAAAACUUUAUUUUUCCUCUUUUACUUACAAUGAUUUUCAGACAUUUUGGCGUCGACCUUUCAAAUGAAGAAGUGGAGUACACCUCCGAGUCCCAAGUCUUGAGGCCACAUACUAUGGUAGCCCUCCAUUUCAAGAAGGUGGGUAACGAAUGGGUUCGGAAGGAAGAAAACGGCGACCAAGAGAUGGGUGAGGCUGAAGCACAACCCGCAGGGCGGCCACGACGGACUAUGGCACAGGGGAUCGACUAUAUUUGUGACUCCAUGGACCGUAUGCACGCACGGAUGAACGUGUAUGAAGCUAACCAAGAGGACCUCCGCACACGUCAUACACGGAUGGAAGAGCACUUGGGCAACAUUGACCGAAGGUUUGGGCAAUUCACCCAACACUACUAUGGUCAAUAUGGAUACCCCCCUCCCGACCCACAAAAUUAGGUUCUCAUUCUUGUUAUUGCAUACUCUUCUCUA